AGCCAAUACGGCGGUGUUCCCCAUGAGUACAACUCCGCCAUGUUCGUAGAAGCUGUCAUCGGACUUGCAUCGUUCAUUGCUGUUUUACUCGCGUUAGACCUCCUUUACAGGAAGAAAACACAGAUCAAUGGAUCACACGCUAUCGUUACGGGUGGAUCAAGUGGUAUCGGUAGAGCACUUGCUGUACAACUCGCUCAGCAGGGAGCAAGUGUGACCCUCUUGGCAAGGAACAAGGCAAAACUAGAGGGUGCAAGACAGCAAGUGGAGAAACACUUGCAGCCAGGGAGAAAGGUCUCUGUUUUCUCAGUUGAUCUAUGUCAAAGUGUAGAGGCAGUACAAAAAGUCAUAGAUGAGGCCUGUUUAGCCCUGGGCCCUGUUAACUUGCUAUUCAAUUGUGCUGGCUAUGCAGUUUGUGGAGUAUUUGAGGAUACAAGACCUGAAGACUUUAAGAAUAUGAUAAAUACCAACUACCUUGGCUCAGUCUAUCCUACAUAUGCUGUCAUGAAAGGAAUGAAGAAGAGAGGGUGUGGUCAUGUCGUGUUUACUUCAUCUAUAGGUGGCCAGUUUGGUAUUUUUGGAAUGAGUGCUUAUUCGGGAUCAAAGUUCGCUGUCAGGGGAUUUGCAGAAUGUUUAUACAUGGAGGCCAAGCUAUACAAUGUCGCUGUCUCAGUAGCAUUUCCUCCAGACACUGACACUCCUGGCUUUGAAAAUGAGAACAAAGAAAAGCCUGAAGAAACUAAGUUAAUAUGUGGCUCUGCAGGGCUGUUCAGUCCAGACCAGGUGGCGCAAACUAUUCUCCAGGGAGUAAAGUGUCGACAGUUUUUGAUCUCAUGUGGUGUAGAAGGAUGGGCGAUGAAGAUAGUCACAUGCGGAGCAGCCCCUUCCACUUCUUGGCUGGAUUUGAUUCAACAGAUCUCACUGAUGGGACUACUGCGGCUGGUGAUGGUGAUUUCUGCUACCGGCUUUGACAAGAUCGUGGCACAGUGCAAGCAAAAACGAACCCGCAUUUCUCACUAACAGAACUUCUCACAUUUCUCACUGAUGAUUCAUCUGUUAGGGAGAAAUGCGAGUUUGUUUUUGCUUGCACUGUGUGAUGGAAUGUUUAAUUAUGAAAAUUAUUACUAUAUGAGAUCUGCAGGGGCGUUCAAAGGGGUCAGAUGUUUUGGAACCCCUUAUUUUCAGCCAAGGGUGGAAGAGGAUAGCAAACUGGAGCCCUAACCCUUUUUGAGAAAAUGGCCUUCACCAUGCCCUGCCCGUACCCAGGGGGGGGGGGGGGGGUGCAAGGGGUGCGCAUCCCCCUCCCCCCCCCCCCACAACGUCCACCACUUCCGACUCGCAAUAGACAAGCUAUUUGUAGACAAAAAUAUCAAGAAAAUGAGAUACUGCAAUGGCAGUUCUUUCGGGAGUCGUCAGAUUUUUAUCAUAUAACUCCUCCCCCCCCCCCAAAUAUUUUGGUCCACUCUUUCGGAUUUUUUUAUUGCGUUAGUUGGGAAAUAUAAGUGAGAGGGACAAUGAUAUCAAAAAUAAAAUUACUCUUAUUUUGAA